AUGCAUUCGCUGGCUCUGACGAUUCUGACGCUGGCGCUCGGCGCACAAGCCCAUUCCAAUGGCAUGGAUAUGAGCAUGGACAGCGGCGCAAGCGUCUCAAUGGGCAACAUGAUCAUGUACCUCCACUUCACGCCCGGCGACAAUCUCUGGUUCUAUGGCUGGGCGCCGCGCACAGCAGGCGCCAUGGGCGGAACUUGUGUCGCGCUAUUCAUGCUUGCACUCGUGGAGAGGUGGCUGUCUGCGCUCAAGGCAUGUGCGGAAAUGCACUGGCACCAACGCGCGUUGAUUGAGAUGGCUAACCGCGCGAACAAGAGGACAACGCUCGGCCAGCCUCAACCUACACCAUCUAAGCUCUCUCGCACUUCACUACCCUUUGUCGCCGCGCACGACCUCCCGCGCGGCCUUAUCACAUCCAUACUCGCCCUGCUCGGCUUUCUGUUCAUGUUGGCUGUCAUGACGUAUCAGGUCGGAUUCAUACUGUCCAUCGUUAUUGGACUGGGCGUCGGUGAGGCGCUUUUCGGGAGGAAACAAGGACACAUCCCUCACGAGGAACAGACGGCGUAUGCAAUGCCUCCUCAUUCAUACCCAUGCCCCGCGCCCUUUCCCGCGUACGCGCGUGCGCCCGCUCAAGCGCGAGCCAUGCCGACUCCAGCAGGACCGCACUACCACUACUACGCGCCCGGUGGCCCCGUCACGCACAACAACCACUACUAUGCUGCGCCGGCGCAGUAUGCUCCAUGUUCUCAGCCGUAUCCUUCGACCUCGGAAGAGUUCCAGUACAGAGUGUACCGGGAUGGCUUUUCGACGCCGAGGGAUGGGAUCUCGUCUUCGCCGGAUCACUCGUGUGUUCAGCCUCUGAAUCCGGCUCGCCGCUCAGGAUCGCUCACGCCGGACGAUAUGCAUGAGUCGUCGCAACCGAUCCACACUAGACCGCGCCGGCGCCAGUACCAGGUCCCUUCUGCUCCCCCGACUUCGGUCACUUCAGUUUUCCAGCCGGAGGAUGCGCCGAACAAGUCGGCGAAGGAGAUACAUCAUGCUCUAUACCGUGUACCCGUCAGAUACAAUACGGACACUGGUAUCUCCAUCACCGAUACAGCCGAUGCCGGGGAGCAGUCUACGCGCUUUCUGUCCCGCCUCGAUGUACGUCCCGAAGCACCCGUGGCCCAUGAACAUGUAUCGAACGUCAUGCCGGACAUGACGGCGGACAACGCACAGCCAUCACAACCAGCGGGGGACGCUCGGGGCGCGCCAUCGCCCGUACCCCGAAUUGUGAUCCAGGCGGCCACAGACCCGAGCUCGCCGCCCUCUCCCGCUAGUACUUCUGCGUCAUCCUCGCCCUGGUCCCCGCCCGCUUCUGCGCAAUCAUCGCCCGAUACGGUGUACUCUGCACCACUGCAUGAUCUGCGUUCGACCACUUCGCUAGUCGAGCCUCCCGUGGGCGAGCUCGCGAGCAGGAUAUUGUCGCAGGUGAACGAGCGUGCUGGUAUGGGCACCAGUGGGAGUGCAGGUUCGCGGACGGUCGCUGGUGACUCGUCUCCUUCCUCGAGCACACUGGUAUCUAUCAAUGAGGGCGCAGCCGAAGGAGAUGUAGAAGAGGAAGAGGCAGAAGAGAUCAACGGCAACGACCCUGCCGAGCCUCUCUCGCUAACAUACGCCAACAAUCGACCAUUCACCAUCCCCGUGCACCCCUUCAGCGAAUUGAAGUCCUACUCCACUCCCCGCGAGUAUCUCGACAACAUCUUCGCUCUCCGCCGCGCCUUCGACUCAACUCACGGCCUCCCCUCGCAUCCCGCUAUCGAUAUUCACACGUUCGACGCGCACGCCGCUCUCGCGCUUGAAUGUCGCUUGAGUCAGGACGCGCAAAUGGCGAGGGAGUUGAGCGAGGUCAGAGGGAGAAUCGUGUAUAUGGCUAAGAUGGAAGGUGGUGGAGAGAGGAUGUGGAGAUUGGAGAAGGUUCAGAGGAUGUUGGAGAAGUGGAGGGAGAGGUUGCGUGAGGUUGCGCGGUGGAAGUACGCUAUCGCGUCUGCGUCUGUUGACGAAGCUUAG